GUCGGCACUGGGAUCUUCUAUAGAAGCAGACAGGUAGCGUCAAACGCGGGCACGCGCAUUGUCAUCAUCUCUGAUCCGCUCAUACUGCUGCUACGCACGACUACUGACACGACGCACAUUAGUAGUAAAACGGUGGGGAAAACAAACCAUUUCAGACGACGAGAAAAACCUUCAUAAAAAAGGCAAACAACGGAGUAGACGGUGAGACGACAUGAGAUUGGUCCUGUCGGUGGUGUUUUGCGGAGCUCUUGCUGGGCUGGCAGCGUUCACAGAUGCAGCCCCAAGUAGCUCGGGUGGAGAUGGCGGCAUCUCGUUCGAGUACCAUCGCUACGACGAGAUGCGAAAGGCGCUUGUGUCCGUUUGGUUGCAGUGUCCUUCCAUCUCGCGUAUCUACACUAUCGGUGAAAGCUUUGAGGGGCGCGAGCUGCUGGUCCUGGAGAUGUCUGACAACCCCGGAGUUCACGAACCAGGCGAGGCAGAGUUUAAGUACAUUGGGAACAUGCAUGGGAACGAGGCCGUGGGCCGAGAGCUGCUGAUCUACCUGGCUCAGUACAUGUGCAAUGAGUACCAGAAGGGCAACGACACCAUCAUCAACCUCAUCCACUCCACACGCAUACACAUCAUGCCCUCCAUGAACCCUGACGGCUUCGAGAAGGCUGCCUCCCAGCCAGGUGAGAUGAAGGACUGGUUUGUGGGCCGAAGUAAUGCUCAGGGGAUUGAUCUGAAUCGCAACUUCCCUGACCUGGACCGCAUUGUCUACAUGAACGAGAGGGACGGAGGACCCAACAACCACCUGCUGGAGAACAUGAAGAAGGCUGUAGAUGAGAACACCAAGCUGGCUCCUGAGACCAAAUCUGUCAUUCACUGGAUCAUGGACAUUCCCUUUGUCCUGUCUGCUAACCUGCAUGGAGGAGAUGUAGUGGCCAACUACCCCUAUGAUGAGACACGCAGUGGUUCUACACACGAGUACAGCGCGAGCCCCGAUGAUAUUACUUUCAAGAGUUUGGCUCAUGCUUACUCCGGCCUUAACCCAGUGAUGUCGGACCCCAACCGCGCCCCAUGCAGGAAGAACGACGACGACUCCAGCUUCAAGGAGGGCAUCACUAAUGGAGGGGCCUGGUACAGUGUGCCUGGAGGCAUGCAGGACUUUAACUACCUGAGCAGUAACUGCUUUGAGAUCACCCUGGAGCUGAGCUGUGACAAGUUCCCUCCUGAGGACACACUCAAGCUUUACUGGGAGCAGAACAAGGACUCACUAGUCAGCUACGUACAGCAGGUCCACCGUGGGGUGGCUGGCUUCGUGAGGGACCUCCAGGGUAACCCAAUCUCCAAUGCCUCAGUGUCUGUGGAGGGCAUUGAUCAUGACCUCGCCACAGCAAAGGACGGUGAUUACUGGCGUCUUCUGGCUCCUGGAAACUACAAGGUAUCAGCCUCGGCUCCCGGCUACCUCUCAGUCAUCAAGAAAGUGGCCGUUCCCUACAGUCCUGCUGCACGGGUGGACUUUGAGCUGGAGUCUCUCGAGGAGAGGAAAGAGGAGGAGAAGGAAGAGCUUAUGGACUGGUGGAAGAUGAUGUCAGAGACACUGAACUUCUAAUUGGGCUUGGUCCGCAUAUCUCGCGUCUGAUUGGCUGCUGCGGUGUGAGCCAUUGAGAUGUAAAAUACUUAGUCUCCUGGAUGUCUGCUCACUUGCUGUAAAGAAUGCACCGUUUUUCUUUGGCUUUUCAUUUCUAUUUUUAAUGAUUAUCUUUAAUGUUAUUGUACUAAGUAUAAGCUGCCUAUGUGUGUUUUGUGGGAUCGCACACCAGCCUCAGCCCUAAACUAGGCAAACACAUUAACCAACACACAACUGUGGUUAUAAAAACUGAUGUUACACACACACACACACACACACACACACACACACACACAGGCAGACACACACACACACACAAACACACUUAUAGGCAGUAUGUGGUGCAGACUGUCCUCCUUUGUGAAGUUGUGUUCUUCCUUGUUCAUGUGAGGUUUUCUGUAAUCAUGGUCACCACAUCUAUAAUCAAUCAGGACACUGUGUUGUGUUGAAUGUAUGCUAUAGAGAUGAUAAUAAUUAUGAAUGAUGCUUGUACAAAAGACACUACAUACACACUCCGAUACACAUACAGAGUAUGACCAAUACUUGCAUAUCUCCUACAUUCUGUGCAGUACAAACACACAAACACACACACACCUUCUUUCUACCUAUUAGGAAAACAAAACUUAUUAAAAGUGAAUUUAGAAUUUAAAGUUAAAUAUAUUAUAGACAUUAAUGUUGUAUUAUGACACUGUAAACUUAACAGUAUCUUUCCAAUUUGAAUACAGCAGCACAAAUGUAAUUCAUGUUAUUUUAUUACAGUAGCAAGUAGGCUAAGCCUCAACACUCUGUACGUAGGGUUGGUGGUUGUUGGUUAUAUCAGUUGCACAAGCAAUGUAACAUAGAGCCAUGACAUGCACACAGUUUUACACACAUGGACAUGCACAAUUAUAUACCAACAGUUUUUAUCAAUUCCAUUAUACCCAAGUUUCCGAGUAUUCAAGUAUUAAAUAUUUACAAUCAUACACACAUGGGAGCACCGCACUAAGCACACACUUCCACGCAUACAGACAUGUUUUCCACUGCUCCCCGCAGUUGAUGUUACUCCAAAUGGUCCUAUCACCUGAACUGUUGCCAUGGAUAUCCAUCACUGACGUCUGCACUUGGAUUCAGUGACCCAGUCAAGUGAUCAUGAAUGUAAAUUAAAUGAGCUGAGAUGAUUUGAACAAUAAAGUCCUCCCUUUCUGUUGUCA